AUGGCAGGAACACGCUCUUCGACACGCAACGGUAGCAACAACUCGAGCCCGACCAAGAACGAUGCUGUAGUUGGAAGCAAGCGAAAGCCUGAGGCAGAUCAUGAUGCCGAGACCUCGCCCAAGCGCGGACGUAAAGCGUCAAAGAACCAGCCAACUAUCGACAGCAUGCUUGACCCCAAGCCAGAAGACCAGAAGACCAAGGAUGAUACCGAGAUGCAAGAAGCUGCACAGGAUGUGGUGAAGGAUGCAGAGAAGGAUACGCCUGAGGAAAAAUUGACCGAGCAGACAGCUAAGGGCAAGGACAAGGACGCCACGAAGAAGGAGAGCACAGGCACGGCCAACGGCGCAGAGACAAAGGCCACGGAUGGUCAAGAUGCUGUUAGCAAAACAGAUGGUUCGACGAACAACAAAGCUGAGGAUGCCACAAAUACCGAGGUAAAUGGCGACGGCGCUAUUGAAGAGUCAUCACAACGCGAGAAGAAGAUGCCAUCGAACAUCCUGGAGAAGGGUGUCAUCUAUUUCUUCACACGCAACCGUGUUAGUGUCGAUGAGGCUGAGAGUGUUGGUGACCUGCAGCGCACAUUCUUCGUCCUUCGACCUUUACUCACAGGUGCUAAGCUAGGUGAUGGUGCUGUCCAGGAUCUCAAGAACAACCGUCUGUUCGCUCUGCCUAAAAAAGUCUUCCCCAAGUCUCACAACGACCGCUUCAUGGCUUUUGUCGAGAAGGCCAAUACGAGCAUCCAAGAUCUGAAGGACAACUUCUUCAAAGGCGCAGACUACGACACCCAGACGCAAGGCACUCGCCACACUGACCCUGUCACUCCUGUUGCAGAAGGUGUGUACCUGAUCACUCGUACUGAGGAUGCUACUACCCAUCUCGUCUACUCGACUACGAUCCCAUCAGACAUCGGCGAAGUGCAGGAGGAUCUCGGCAUCAAGGACCAAGGCAGUUUUAUAAUCAGUGUAAAGAGCCCCGAGCGUAGCGGCCCAGCAAGCGCAUCUCUUCCCCAGAAGCCCGAUUUCUCCAAGGAGAUCAUUGAAGAAUUCCGCGGUCUCGCUUGGACCGAGGUCAAGCCCAAGUACCUUGAUCACGAGUACUGUCAAAUCCUGCUCAUUGGCGAGAACAUGGACAAGGCCGUCGAGCCCACGAAGAAGAACGAGAAGCACGAUAAGGAGACGCCAAAGGAGGAGAUCGAGCGGCUUGAGCAUGAAGAUGAGCUUCGUGUUCAGCAUCUGAAGGGUGACGACUCGGUCUUUGAAGACUUGAAGAUCAGCAAGGACGAAUACCCCAAGGUACCCACGACUUGGUAG